AUGAUAAUGUCAGUACUGCAGUAUCCACAAAUUGAUAUGUACUGGUCAGAAAAGUGGAAAGUUUCCAUAGUUGCAAUAGCUAUGACAAGGAACAGAUUCUUUUUUAUCAGACGACGGCUGAAGUGUGUUUAUGAUGCUGAAGUGACAGCAGAACAGAAGAUACAAAAAAAAUGGAAAAUACAGCCACUGUUUAAUCGAAUCUUGGAGAUGUGUCACGAACAAAACCGGCCCAAGAAUAUUGACGAAAUGAUUAAUCCGUUUACUGGAAAAUGUCCGAUGAAC